AUGGUGGUAUUUCUUCUUUUUAAUUUUUUACACCUCCCAACUCUCAUUUCUUUCAGUUUUUGUAUUUUUCAUUCUUCCUUUCUACCUCCUCCAUUAUCAAUUUCUUUAUUUAUUUCUGUCUUAUUUUUUCCUUUCUUGCUUCUUUUUAAUAUCAACAUAUUUCCUUUCUUUUAUUUUCAUUGUCUUUGUCUUGAUUAUUUCUUUUUUCCCUUUCUUUGUUUUUGUUUGUUUCUUUUUUGCUUUACUUUUAUUCUUUUUCCUUUUGUUGUCUUUUUUCAUUUUCUUCUUUCUUUUCCUGUCCUUGUUUCUGUUUUUAAUUUACCUUUUGGUUUUUCUUUAGCUUUAUCUAUUUAUUUUACUUUAUUUCUUUCUUUGUCAUUCUCGUUUUUCUUUUUGGUUCUUUCUUUUCUUUUUUUUGUUUUACUUUUUUGUUUCUUUUCCUUCAUUUAUGCUUCUUAUUUUAUUUUUAUUCACUUCUUUUUUUCUCAUUCAUCAUUUUUUUCUUCUUUCAUUAUCAUUCUUUCCUUAGACAUUUCCAUUUUAUUUCAUUCAUUUCAUUCCAGUUUCUUUCUUUGUGUUUAUUUCAUCUUUUCUUUUUUGUUAAUUCUUUCAUUCACGUAUGCUUCUUUAUUCUCCCUCUUUCUUUUCUAUUGA